AUGGGCAAUGCUGGUGGCGUGGCUGAGGUGGUGGAGGUGCGUGCGUGUCCUGGAGUCCGGUCGGGUCUUCCUCCCCGGCUUCUGGACGACGGCAUACGGCGCGGGCGGGAUUCUCAUGUGCCCAUCCUUGGUGGUGGUGGCGGUGGAUCUACCCCCCUCUUCGGCGGAUAUGCGGCUGUUGGUGGCCUCUCGCCAGUCCGCGCCACUAGGCGUGGUAGGGCGAAGCAGGGGUGCUUCGAGGGAAGGGGGAGGGUUGCAUUUAAUGCGCAGGCUGACUUGAAGAAUGUUGUCGCCUCCGAAAAUGCUUCAAAAUCCAUGUUAACGGAGUAUUUCAAGGCUAACCAAAAACACCCUUGGGCCAGGCAUAUAUUGUACAAGGAUUUUCCCGGAAGCUUCACGUGGGAGAAGAGAAAGAAGUUUUGGAAGCCGCGGGUGGAGCGUUUUCAAAUAGGUCGUAUCGUGUCUGCCAAUCCUGCCGAGGGGGAGCGAUACUACAUGCGUGUGUUGCUAAACCAUGUUACGGGCAAAACAUCCUCCGAGGACUUGCUCACAGUGGACGGCGUGGUAUGUGGGAGCUUCAGAGAGGCUGCUGAAAGGUUGGGACUCAUCGAGGCAGACAACACGCUCGACGAUUGUCUUAAUGAGGCGGAGCAGUGGGCUAUGCCAUGUUCUCUUAGGAGGCUCUUCGCAACCAUCUUGGUGCACUGCGAGCCAGGCGACGUGCGCGGAUUAUGGGAUAGGCACAUCGAGCCUAUGUCUGAUGACUAUCGUCGAACACGCACGUCCCCGAACGAGGUGGAGCAGAUGGUGUUGCUUGACAGUAGGGGUAUGUUGCAGUCCAUGGGUAAAGACAUUACGGCCACAUACGACGAGAUACUAGCGGCUGAUGAACGCGGUGAUGGGGGUGUAUUCUUUGUUGAUGGCCCUGGAGGUACAGGGAAGACCUUCCUCUACAGGGUGAUGCUCGCCAAGGUGAGGAGCGAGGGCAAGAUUGCUAUCGCUACCGCUACGUCGGGCGUUGCCGCUUCUAUCAUGCCUGGCGGCAGGACUGCCCACUCGAGAUUCAAGAUCCCAUUGAGUUGCGAUGAUGGAGCCUCGUGCAGUUUCACCAAGCAGAGUGGGACCGCCAAGCUGCUAAGGAUGGCUUCAUUGAUACUAUGGGACGAUGCCAGCAUGACGAAGCGACAAGCGGUCGAGGCAUUGGACAAUAGCAUGCGCGACAUAAUGGGAAUACGCGACCGACCCUUUGGAGGAAAGACUGUUGUUUUUGGCGGGGACUUUAGGCAGGUGCUUCCGGUCGUCAGAAGGGGGUCACGAGGCCAGAUAAUUGAUGCAACCCUCCGAAGUUCUCAUCUAUGGAAGGGUAUGCGGCAGCUUCGGCUCAUCACCAACAUGAGGGCCCAUAAUGACACGUGGUUUGCAGAUUACUUGCUAAGGUCGGCAAUGGCACUGAAGAAGCAGACGAUCAAGGCAACAUACUACUCCCCGAAGACAUUUGUCUGCCGUCUACAGGUGAUGUUGAUGACCUAG